AUGGCUUGCCACCUUAGGUCCGCGAGCGUGCCUUCCAGCCCUCGCUCUAACAAAGCCAACAUCGAUGAACAGCUGCUGAGCCUGAAGGCAGCCAUCUCCUCACCUUCAGUGGCCAUCAAAACCAUGUUUGAUGGUCUGAACAAGAUCGUGAGCAUCUACAGCUGCAUCGACGAGCUCACAUUUUUGCCCAACAAUCAGCAGAGGAAGGCAGUGGAGGAGGAGCUCGAGCGCUCUCUUGUCCUGCUUGACCUCUGCAACGCCAUGCAAGAGAACUUUGCAGAGCUCAAGGUCAGCGUCCAGGAGAUGCAGCUGGUUCUCAAGAGAGGAGACAAUGCGGCUCUUCAGGUCAAGGUUCAAUCUUAUGCCCGCUUGGCCAAGAAGGCACAGAAGCAGUUCAAGAAGAUCAAUAGCAAGGCUGCUUCUGACAUUGAAGGAUGCAGGGUAGUCAUGUUGUUGGCUGAAGCAAGGGAGAUUGCUGUGUCGAUGCUCGAAUCAACAUCACAUCUCCUCUCAAAGAAGAUCGCGAUGCCCUAG